GCCCGCCCGCCAGCGCCGCCCUCUCCGGCAGGAGGUGCCGGGGGCUGGGGCGAGAGAGGCGGCGGCCGCCUUCCUGCUCCGGCGGGGCCAGCCCGGCAGCGGUAACGGCGGCGAGCCUGCAGUUUGUGGGUUCCUGUGAAAGACGCUUGAGAAGAAGAGGUCUGGCUCUCUCAGCCCGCAGCAUCCUCGUGCCUGCAGCUCCAGGUUGUCCUUCCCAGAUACAUCUGUGCUGUAAGCUGGGACGAGAAAUCAAGCCUGCUCUGGGAAAGGGUUGUGGCGGUCCCGUGGCGGCGGCUGCUGUGUUUCCCUGCUGGGGCUAGGAAACAGCUGCUAAGGCAUGAAGUCUCCACCUCUCCUCGUGGCCGCGCUCCUGGCUUGCAUCAUCGUUUUGGGUUUCAAUUACUGGAUUGCAAGCUCUCGCAAUGUGGAUCUGCAGAGUCGGAUCAUGGGGUUGGAAAGCAAAGUCCGCAGAGCAGCAGCGGAGAGAGGCGCCGUGGAGCUCAAAAAGAAUGAAUUCCAGGGAGAGCUGGAGAAGCAGCGAGAGCAGAUUGAUCAAAUCCAGUCCUUGCAUAGCUUCCAGAUGGAAAAUGCCAACAGAGCACAUCAGGAAGAGAAGGCAGUGCUGAUGAACAACAUCACAGCAAAUGAACGAUUAAUCCAGAGUCUAAAAGAACACUUGAAAGAGUUACAGACAGAAUAUGAAAAACUACAGCUGGAUGUUUACCGGUUUCAGAAGAACCAGACUAACCUUCAGAGAAAGUUCUCAUAUGACCUGUCACAGUGCAUCAACCAGAUGAAAGAAUUAAAAGAACAAUGUGAAGAAAGGAUAAAUGAGAUCACAAAAAAAGGCAGUGAUGUAUCACAAGUCAGAGAAAAUAAAGACUUCCCAGAAGAUUCCAAAAAAAGUGGCCAGGCUGAUAGUCAGCUGCAAGCCUUGAAGCAAUCUGAGUUCAAGCAGACUGACUCAGAACAGCCGAAAGAUGAUGAUGUACCAAAAGAAGAACUUACGGUAAAGAAGGCAGACCCUCUGCAGGCUCAAGAAAGAAUAAGUGGCCUAGCUGCCAUCAGAAAACAGGACCCUAAAGCAGAAGAGGAGAAACUUUCUGGUGAACUGAAACACCCACAGGGUUCAGUCAAGGCUGUCACAGGUCAUAAGGAGAUGCCCCCUGAGUCAGAGAAAGAACUGAACCCGGCUGAAGAUGAAAAACACGUAGUUGGGCAAGAUGCAUUACAGCCGGCCACAGAGCAGGUUGCCAAUGAGGAGGUGGAGAGGGAGCAGCUCCUAAAUUAUGAUGCUAAGCAGGGUGCAUCACCCCCUGGAAAGGCUGACAACCAGGCACAGGAAGCAUUGAAGGACAAGAACGUUGACUACAAUGUAGAUGAGAAUGAAGCUGAAUCAGAAACGGACAAGCAAGCAGCACUUGCAGGCAUUGCAAAUGUUCAAAACGCUGAAGAAAAUAUGAAGAACCACUUAUAUGACCAAAUUGAAAAACGAGAGAGAUUGUGAACAAGGGAAGUUGAUGAUGCAACUUAGUCACCUCUUCCUAUAAAUGCAGCAAGGAUGAGAGCAAAGUGAUUUAAGAAUGUUUGAUUAUCUUCUGAAGACUUCGAUAAGGGCCCAAAUGAAGUAAUUGUUUGUUGCAAAGUGUUAGUACCGUUUCAGUGGUGAAAAAAAAAAUUGUUAAAUCUCUCAAGGCUUUUUUUAAAGCAUCUUGACCUCUGUAAUGACUCUUUCCUUCCUACUGAUUAUAAAAUUGAGACCAGCAAGCAAUAACUGUAGUAACUUUGAAGUCAGGUCACUUGUACAAUCAUACUACAAUCACAGCGUGCAUGGAUUGGGUGGUAGAUGGGAAAGAGUCCUUGGGCAAGGACAGAUUUUUUUCCCCUAAUCAAUGCAGUAGAGAAAUCUCCAACCUAGGUUUAAAAGGGGAGGGUAAGCUAACUCGCCUUGACAAAACGUGAAAAGAUGAAAAAUGGCCCAUGCAUGCUGCAGUCUGCCCUUAUGCCAAUUCUGACACCAUUUUAUUGCAGUGUAGGUAGACUCAGCAUAAUUGUAGUUCCUAGAUAAUGUGCAGUAUGAUAUAGUUUUCUUGGUCUCAUAAAUGAAACUCCUAGCUCACAUGAUCUGUACUAGAAAGGAAUCGCUGUCUUGGUUGUGUUCUUAGCUUUAAGUUUAAAGUAGAUUCUGAUAAUAGUAUCUUCUUAAGAGAUUAGCAGGAAAGUUUCCUGAAAGCCUUGCUGAACACCUGUUCACAAAAUCAGAAGUACAGUAUGGUUCAAUUACCACUAACUUCUACAGAAUUCAAACAGACUCCUGAACUUUUGAUGAGAGGCCUUCUGAAAUGUUGUGCCACAUCUACCCUUUAUCUAGCCACCAUCUUCUUCUAAAGAGUAGAAAGGCAAAUGCUUGCCUUAUAAAACAGCAGAUUCAGCUGUUCAAAAAAGUGAAUAAUCUCUGCUGGACUUGUGAAGGCAGCAAACCAGACUAUGCAUUUUCCAGACAUUUCACCUUCUCUCACAGAUGAAGCUGUAGUUGUUGUGAAGUUCUGCGUUACACACAAUGUAUCACGUUGUUCGUGUUCUGUAGUCUUUGUCUUUUCUGCAUAUUUCUGAACGUAAACUAAAAACUAGUUUACUUCGGAUAGCCUACAACUACCCAUCGCUGCCACUGAAACAACCUUUAACUUCAGUCUUACCUGCAUGUGUGCAGUCAGCGGUUUUGAAGAUUGUGUCCGUCCUUAAGACCAAUACCCAUGUCUGGAAGUCUGUGAAUGCGAACCAACCAGUAUGACCAGAAGACAGACGCGACCAACUUCCCGAACAGCAACUUCAUUUAAGAAUGUAAAGACUUGUCGUGGCUUUCUCUCAAUGUACUUCAUAUUAGAGCCUCCAUGGUGUGUCAUUCUUAAGUGUACUAUGCUACAGCUCCUGUACUUUAAGGUGUCUAAAUGUUUAAGUAGAGGGUUGGUUCUUUUGUGAAUGAAAAGAGUAGGAGUUGUCAAAAGAAGGCAGAGCUCAAGUCAGACAGUGCCUAUUAUGCCCAAAUCCGCAAACAGAUCACUUGCAGACUUGCCAAAUGUAACGAAUUCUUUUAAGAGAAUCACUAAUUGUCCAUUACUGAGUUCUUUGUUACUUUUUCACCAUUUACGUCAGAUUUUACUGGGCUGGGCUACUAUAGUAAGUAAUAACAGAGAAAUGUUUGUAUGCAGUGAGAAAAGGAGGUAAUGAGCAUCUUUGAAUGACAAAUGCUGGGAAACUUGGGAUGUUUCUUGGGAUGCUGGUUCUUUUGCUUUAUUUUUUUUUGCAAAACAUGUUAUGUUUUGACAUCAAAAUGUUUACAUGUGUUCAGAGUAAAAUGGGCAUUAUUUUAGGACUUGAUCUGUAAACUUAUGUAGCUGAGAUGAAGUUAAUCAGGAAUAUAAUAGUGAUUAUUAAAGAGCGUACAUUUAACUGUAUGAAAUGUGCAAUGAAAUGCCGUGUUCAAGUUGAAUGAAUGGCUUUAACUUGAAACUGGUAAAAUGCCAAACAAAAAAUCCUUUGUUAUUAAUAUGUUGCCAGAUAAUUCUUCUAGAAUUAGAAUAGUUCACUUAAAACAGACCUACAACUAUCAAGUCCAACUGCCUGACCUCUUGGGGGCUAAUAAAAUGUUAUAGCCUAUCAAUAAGAAAAUUGUCUAAAUGCCUCUUGAACACUGACAGGUGCAGGGCAUCAACCACUGCCUGUUCCAGUGUUUGGCUACCCUCAUAUAAGGAAACUGCUCACUGUACUUCUGUACAGUACCUAAAAUCUGACAAGGCUCCUUGCUAGCCAGCUAAAUGGUGUCCUCCCCUUAAACGCAACCUCCUCUGUGCAAAUCACAACUGGUGUAACUCUGACAGUAGGGGUCUGAAAGCCUGUGUAAAAGCAAUAUUCAAAACCGUAAUGGAAUAUAGUCUUAAUAACUUUAAGUGCUACAGGAAUGUAAAUAGGGUGGUAGGUUUCUAAUGGAUAAGGGACCUUUAUGUCUACUGUACCGAAGUUUAAAGUCCAAGGACUAACUUUUAUUUGAACAAACGAGAUUCACUGCGAACUGUGGUUUACAUAGUGUUUAAUCACUAAAACUUUCACUUGCAUGAGGGAGGGAAAGUUUCUUGACUAGUCUUCUUGGGGUUAAAUUAACACUUGUCCUUGAUGUUUUUUAAAGCAAAGCCUGAUCCAUUUUAGAUAAUCAUUUUAAAUAAAAAUAAUCUUCUCUACUGUG